AUGAAUCGUUAUAUUAUAGUUCACUCACUUAUUCUAUUUUCAUUUUUCCUAAUAUUCACAUCUGGUCGACCAUUGUAUUAUGACGAAUUAAACGACGACAGUAUUACAAGAGUAUCUACAACUGACGAGGAAGACUCAGAAAACUUUCAAGCAGCACUAGCAGCUUUGUUCGGAGACGAUAACAAUGAUGACGAUGAUCAGAAAGAAAACGCAUCAUUUGAUUCUUAUGAAGAAAAAAAAUUUCAUCAACGAUCAGCAUUCCCUACGUUUCAUGGCUCAACUACAAUAUCGCCUGACAUGAGACAAGCAAUAAUGGAGUUUAUUCAAAAAGCUAUCGAUCAAAGAUGGAAAGCCGAUUUAAAAUAUCAUGCUCCGGGAACACGUUUUGGUCGUCACCGACGAUGA